AUAUGAAAUGAUUUCAGAUCAUCUAGCACAAGAGAUUGGUGAGGAAAGAACUGAGGAACUUAUUCAUGCAAUAGAUGGGAAUCCAGCUUUGUGUCCAAAUAUCACAGUUCAGAAACCUUUUCUCCGGCUUUCAAAAGAAGAUGUUUGGAAAGAACAAACAUUAUUAUGUAUUCUUCAAUUGAUUCACCUUCCAUUCUUGGAAAAUGUUUUGGAGCCUCCAGUUAAAACACAAAAUCUUCAAUUAAACAAAGAGGAAAAUCUUGUUAUCGCUAACACUUGCCUAGACAGAGAACUUAUUCCAAGCUUAUGUCUACGCGAGAUUGAUAACUGGCUUAAUGCAGCAAUUGAAUGCUUGGAGUAUUUCCCUGACCAGUUGAUAGUUGCAGCUAGUCAGCAGUUAAUGCAAAACAGAAAUGAAGAGACAAGAUUGAACAUUCAGAGGAAGAUACUCUUUGAUGUCAUAGCAAAAUACUAUACACAAGAGAGAGCGUGCCUAUUAACUGAUGAGUAUCUUGAUAUUCAUUCAGGAAUUAUUGAACUUUUAGAAAAUGAGAAAAAAGCAAAAGCACUUGAAGCUGUACAACUGUAUCUAAGAUUGUUGUCACUGAACAUUAGAGAAGACUUAUGACGGCUACUUAUUUUUAUGGCUGUGGCAUCACAGCCCAAUGCCUACAAGUUGCAAAAACAGUAUGAUAACAAAACAGUGGUCCUGAAAACUCUUGCCAAAUCAGUUUUGCAAACCAAAUCAUUAUUAAAAGUGCAGGCAGAACAACUGGUCUGGUUUCUACUGGAGUAUCACUCUGAGCUCUUUAAGACAUCAGUUACUUUAUUGGAUCUGGUUAGUAAGAAACUUAAGAAGCUUCUACAUGGAGAAGAUGCAGAUGCCACAUCAAGUAUGGCUGAAAAUAAUAGCUAUAUACCUACAGCUUAG